UUCUCUCUGUCUAAUGGUGGUGAGUGCAGAGAGCUCUGGGAUUACUGGGCUUCUCUUAUGCAAACAUUUCAGGAUUCAAGAAAAUGCUGUGCAUUAGGAGUUUACGUAACAAACAAGUCAUGUAUGCAUGCAUGCAUAACAUACCGACAUAGACAAACAUGAUGACAGUGUAAUACAUCAUUAUAUUCAGCCCUUAUAUAAAACACAUACACAUGUGGAUUAUGUUCCAUUUACAUCUGCAGUAAAAGAAGGACACCGCCACAUUGAAGAGCUUUUAAGGAGCUGGUGACUGACAGUGAGAAAGGUUUGUUCUUGCUCUGAAUCGAAGAAAAGGAGGAAAGAAGUGUUGGCUGAUAUAAGCACCAGAAUAAAACUGUUGAGGACUGCCCUUCCUCCACUCCUGCCUGUGGACAGAGGAGCUGAGAACAGAGACACACAGAAGACACAGAGAAAAAGCUGUCAGAUAUGAGUCUGGGGCCAGCGUGCAUUUUCCUGAGAGGAGCUAAAAACAUUGAGCGUCCACUCGCUGAUGAGGAGAUAGAAGAGCUGCGCGAGGCAUUCACUGAGUUUGAUAAGGAUAAGGAUGGUCUGAUCAGCUGUAAGGAUCUGGGCAACCUGAUGAGGACCAUGGGCUACAUGCCCACUGAGAUGGAACUGAUUGAACUUAGCCAGAACAUCAACAUGAACCUUGGAGGAAGUGUAGAUUUCCAGGAUUUUGUUGACCUCAUGGCCCCGAAGCUUCUGGCAGAAACGGCUGGAAUGAUCGGACUAAAAGAGUUAAAAGAUGCAUUUAGAGAGUUUGAUAUGGAUGGUGACGGCACUAUCACCAUUGAAGAACUGAAGCAUGCAAUGCUAAAACUGCUUGGUGAAAAUCCAAACAGGAAGGAAAUAGAAGCCGUGGUCCGAGAAGCAGACAACAAUGGAGACGGGACCGUUGAUUUUGAGGAGUUUGUCAGAAUGAUGUCGAAAAAUUGAGAAAACACCAGAGACAUUGAAGAAGGCCUGAAAAUCACUCCAAAGAAGAAAAAAUCUGCAUCAGAGACUCAGUCAGACAGGCAACUAAAUCACUGGCGACAGUACUAUGCAUAUGGGAACAUUAUUUUAUACCAUUUUGUUUGUAUAUUUUUAUCUUACUCAUUGAGUGCCACUUUGUUUGGCUUUACUGUUACAUGACCUUAAACACUGGAUCCUCCUUAAACUCGUUUUGUCAUAUGUCAAUAUUAUGUAACAAUAUUUCAGUGUAUGUCUGAUAUAUACAUGUUCAGAAUUGGAUUGUGUCUUGCAUGCAUUUUUGAACUUUUGGCAUAAAACCAAGUUAAAAACUCUCUCAGACUGUCAUUAAUUUUGCAUUAGUAUGUAUGACCUGAUAUUGCUGUAAUUUGAUCAUCUAGGCUUUAGUUAAGCUCAUCGGUGAAAAUGACAAAUGUCAUGAGGAGACGACGGGGCCACAUAUCCUCUCUCUAACUGCUGUAGAAAAGAAAGUGUGUGUCUGUACAUACUCACAUUUUAAAUAGAAAA